AUGACGAAGGCGUCCAUUCCCUGGACAUCGCAAGCCUCCCCGGCUUGCCACCAAUUAACUCCCGAUUCUUCUUCACUUGUGAUAGUCAGAUUGUCCCACCUGCACCACCUGGCAAAGAAUCUGGUCACGUCACCCACCGAUAUCGCCUCGGCCCCUGCACCGCUGUUCCCCCUACGUGGCCGCAAUAUCACCUACUCCGAAAAGUUGGCCGCAUGCGAACCGCCCAGUGACCGGGCUAGGGUAGACGAGAACCUUUUAGCGCAAAAGGAGGCGUGUGAGAUCCACAAGCGACCCAUCGAGGAGAACGACAUUGUGGCGGAUAAUAUCGAACUUGGAGAAUCGCGGGAAUCUACCACCCCGGAGCCGGGUCGCUAUUCUCAGGAUUCAGACGACGACAUGGUUGUCAACCGCCCCCCAUUGCACCGUCCAACGGAUGGCCGAUCGCAGCAACCGUUACUCAAAGAUGACCGCCAUGGCCGCCUCUCGCAAUCUAGUUUUGGAAACGGGGAUACAGAGGGCCGGCCUAUGUUGCAUCACACGCGCCGUCCUACCAUCCAGAGUAGAAACAGCGAAUACGAUGCUGCCCAAGCAACUCGAAAGAAGUACAUGAUUGCCGCAGGCUUUCUCCUACUCAGCUUGGCUAGUUUCGUCGUCCAAACGGAGACGGCUGUAUAUAUUCAGCACGAGCUGGGUUGGAACAAGCCUUAUUGCAUGCUAUAUGUCACUCACGGCUCUUGGUCACUGCUUUGGCCUGUCCAGCUCCUCAUUCUCCGAAUCCAAAAACGCAAGCUAUCAUGGGAAGCCUUUUGGCGCCGACACGUCUUUCUUAUCAAGACCACUGCCCAGAUGGUAGAAGCCCAAGAGGUCCACCUCAGCUCCCGCUCUUCCCGCCGCUCGCCCAUUCCAUACAUGUUGAGAACUACCGCCUUCGUGACCACCGCUCUUACCAUCGCUGGUGGUUCAUGGUAUGUCGCCGUCAACCUGACCACGGCCAGUGACUUGACUGCGAUUUACAACUGCUCCGCCUUCUUUGCCUAUGCCUUUUCAAUCCCUCUUCUCAACGAGAAACUGCGCUUUGACAAGGUCUUCGCCGUUGGCAUCGCCAUCGUCGGUGUGCUUGUAGUUGCAUAUGGUGAUCGACCAGACAAAAAAGUCUCCAAGGGAGGCACAACCAAAGAUGACCAAGAAGCAAGUAGUCGGCUUUUGGGAAACAUUGUCAUCGGCGUCGGUAGCAUUCUCUACGGACUCUACGAGGUGCUGUAUAAGCGCUUUGCCUGUCCUCCAGAGGGCACUAGCCCCGGCCGGGGAACCAUCUUUGCCAACGCUUUUGGCAGCAUGAUUGGAUGCUUUACUCUUUUAGUGCUGUGGAUUCCUAUUCCAAUCCUACACGUUCUCGGCUGGGAAACCUUCCGCUUCCCCACUGGUGAGGCGGGCUGGAUGCUCCUCGUCUCCAUCUGUGCCAAUGCCACAUUCUCCGGGUCAUUCCUGGUGCUCAUCUCCCUUACUUCACCCGUCCUUUCAUCCGUCGCGGCACUCCUCACGAUUUUCCUCGUCGCAAUCGUCGACUGGUUCCGCACGGGACAGCCACUUUCUUGGGCCGCUAUAAUUGGCGGCAUCUUUAUCAUGGUCGCAUUCUUCCUCUUGAGCUGGAGCACUUACCGAGAACUGAGUGAGGAGCGCAAGAAGCACCUCGAGAACGACCAGGUCGAGUCGGAAAGUGACGAAUAG